AUGGACAGUAACUCUAAGAAACUUAGUGCUAUCUCUUUGUGGGCUCUGUGGUACAGGAGAAACAAGUUUGUAAAUGAAGGAUUAAAGUACGAGUUCCAUGAAUUAGUGGGUUUUGUUCAGAGCUAUGGUCAAGACUUAAGUUUCGCUAAAGCUAAAGAUCUGACUACUGGUAUGCAAAGAAAUGGAUUGUGGCGACCUCCUAAACCUGGGAUUAUAAAGUUAAAUUUUGAUGCCUCUUUUGAGAAUAACUCUAAUUUCUCUAUUUCAGCGGUCCUUGCUAGGGAUUCUGAGGGACUGAUUAUGGGUGCAUGUACGUACCCGAUUGUCGAUGUUGCUGAUGCCUUUGUGGCCGAGGCGAGAGCUUGUGAAAGGGCUCUCUAUUUUGCUUGGGACAUGGGUUUUCGGAAGGUGGUCGUGGAAGGCGAUUCGCUUACUGUUAUCAAGAAAUUAGAAACAAAUUUUAAGAUCGAUCUAUUCUCAGCCCUAUUUCUCAACACAUUCGAGUUUUGGCUGAAGCUUUGGUUGAGGUUCUCAGAAUCUCCUGGUGUGUUUGUGAAGUUUUCUCUUCCGAUUGUUUGGAAUUCUGCUGCUGAUUUGCUCGGAAGCCUGCUGCUGUCUGUUUUGUCUUCUCUAUGA